AUGGCUCGGAAUGAAGAGAAGCAGCUCGGAAAAUUAAAUCGGUUAUGGCUGCAGAAAGAAAAACAGGAGGGUCGCAUUAAAGAUGUUCACGUUUCAAGACCCAAACUAGCGACAUUGAAUUCAGUUGCAGCUGUGAAGAAAUGGAUACCAAGCAUCAAGAAUGAAAUAGAGUAUUAUCUGCAGCAGUCCCAGUUAUCUCAUUACCCAGAGAGGAAGAUAGCAGAAUUCCACCAGCAAAUCGAACAGCUGGAAAAAGAGUAUAAGUGUUACCUUAAGAAGCUGCACUUCCUCGACCCCACCUGUAAACACCAGCCUUGGAGUCUCAGGGCAUACACCAAGAGGAGAAAAGAAUCUAACAAUCAAUUUGCUGCCAAGAGACUCUGUAUUCCUGAUCCUAAUGACCAAACCAGCCUUAGAGAAAAAGCUGCAACACCUACUGCAAAUAAGAAGGAUAUAGAAGAAUGUAACCCGUCACAACCCGGUGAUGCCCAGCUUUCUAAUCUUCCAGAUCAAGAUCUUCCACUCUCGUUUGACAGGUCCAGGCUGGCGGUAGCAGUAGCAGGAUCCCGGGGGACCUUCUCAGGGCAGUUAAGUGACACCAGUACCCUGGUACAUGCCCUGCAUAAUGGUCUCCCCAAUUUACACAACUCAGCUACAGCAAAUGUUUUAAGACCCGAGGAAAGAGAGAACCCUAAACCCCUCUCCAGCAUUAAAAUAACUCUGAGCAAAACAGAACAUGUGUUGGGACUUGGCUGCUACUCAUCUUCCUCAGAUGAAGAGGUGUAACUCAUGAUAAAUGUCUUAGAUUUUUGAUGUGCAUUGC